ACAGUAAGCCACUGCUCUGCUGUCGGCUCCCAAAAUGGUUGGGCAGAGCAGCAGAAGGUCUCUGGGCUCAUAGGUCUGGAUUUCUUUCUCUUGGAGGAUUUGAUGCCAUGGAUAGCUGAGAUCUUCUACUGCUCAUUGGAGUUCCUGGCUUCCCAGUCCUGCUGGUCUCCUCCAGCCACAAACCCAGGCCCCUGGACAAAUUGUCCCUAUAACACCUCCUUCAAACAGAGAUGAGUGAACAGCAAGUUUUCUACACAGAGUUGUACAAAAAAGCCCUUUCUCAGUCCCAGCACAAUAGACCAAACAACAACAGGAGCAGAAAGUCAGGAGAGGAGGAGGAAUUGAACUACACUGAGUUGAAACCGCACAGGUCUUUCCAACAGAAGAGCAAACCAGAGAGACUCAGUGGUAAAGAGACACGUGAGCAGCAGGUAACUUAUUCAGAACUGAACAAGGAAAGGCUUGAUCCACCAUGGAAGCACCAAAAAUCAAAGGGCACGAAGGGCAGAAGAUCAGUGAGUGAGCAGUCAGUGACCUACACAGAGCUGAAACUGCAUAAUCAACCACAGUGGUGCAGCCCAUCUGAGAAUGCCCAGAGCAAAGUAGGUUCACAAAGCAAACUCUGGAAGUUCACUGCAGUGACUCUGGGGAUCUUCUGCCUUGCGUUACUGGCCACAACAGGUUUCUUGGCUGCCCAAGUGAUCCAGCAGCAAGGAGUUUCUACAAGCCCCUUUCCAAACCCAUCUCCAAAUACCAUCAAUGCGACAGGAUGUGAUCGGGGCCCUUGUCCAGGGGACUGGAUUGGAUUCAGAAACAGCUGUUACCUCUUCUCUAAUGACAGAAAGAACUGGAGAGAGAGCAAAUCAGCCUGUGCAGCUCUAAAUUCCAGCUUGCUGUGGAUAGACACCCAGGAAGAGCAGGCAUUCCUGGCAUUCUUUUCCCUCUAUGCAUGGAUUGGAUUGUCUUGUAAUGAACCUGGUAAUUCCUCGAAAUGGGAGGAUGGCACAGAUUUCUCCAAUCAUCAGCUCCCUGUCAUGAAGACACAAAAGGGGGUUAAUUGUGUCUUCGAAGUGCACGCUAUUACUAUGAAGGUAACUGUGAGGAUCUCAAGAUCUUCAUCUGCAAAUGGAGGACUCACUAGUCUCUGUCUAGGAAAAGCCCCAAUAUUGGAAUUUCAUCUCAAUCCCAUCCCACAUACCUCCUUACAGAGAAUUCUGGUUGCUCAUCUGCUCAGCUGCCCUGAUUUCUUGGUCACCAUUGUUUUUACAAGUAAAAGUGUUCCUGUUAGAAGUGGACAUUGCAGAUCCAAGACAAGCAGCAUCACCAAUGUUUCAGGGCCUCAUGAAAUAUUUCCAGUCGAAAGUCAGUGAUUCCCAGUUGAAAUUUUAAUUUGAUUACAGCUUCUUUAAAGAGAUAGUGAGAUCUCUGUUACAUAAUACAACACCUCUCACCUUACACACUUGGACAGUAUGCAGUACUGUGCAAUAUCCUGUGGCCCACCACAGGUAAAUAUUAUGGAUGAAAAUGAAAUUAAUGACAUUAAUUCACAGAUUAUUAAAACAUCAGUCUCCCUUCAGUCUCAUGGCUUCAUGAAUCCUGCAAAAUGUUCUGGAAAAAACGGGGGGUGGGUGGGGGGAAGGCUAUUGUGAAGUGACAGCUUUUGACACCUUCAAAAUGGUGUGAAAUUCAAUCAAAACGUCAGAAAUGGACAACAGGGAGAGGAAAUAAUUUCUCACACGCUGAAUGGACCUCAUGAAGACAUGGCUCCUGCCCUUGGAGCAAUUUCCUAAAGGAGGCAAACACAAAUUUUAUACUACUAGUAGGACAAGGGGGAAAAUAUGAAUAUGUGUUCAUUCAAGCAGUGAAUGGAAAAAUAAGUGGUUGAAAUAAAUAAUUGCACCUACCUA